GACGAGCCCUAGCCGUCCAGCUGCCAUGCCUCGUUCGCCGUGAGCCACCAUUUCACGGUCGCACUCCAUUGCCCGGGCUCUGUUCGUCUACACCCCCGUUGCGCUUUCCCUCCGAACCGAACCCUCACCGCGCCGCUCGCUGAAGCCGGCCAUGACGAGCAAUGGCUUGCGCACACAGUUCCCCUCCGCAGGGGAAAUGCUCAGUCCACGCCUGCCCUACGACUACUCGCCCACCUCAAACUAUGGCAGCGCUGCGUCGCCGAGCUUCUUCCCCAUGGCCUACCAGAUAUCGCCGCGCUUUGGCGCCAGUGCCUUUAUCCCCCCGACCGACGUCUUUGGAGACGGCCGCAGGGAUACGGUUCGGGAAAAUGGCGGCUACACACCACGCGACGGGAGGAAACGGGCCUCAGGCGCGCAGGACACGGACCCGGUCGCGAUGCAUCUGCUAGUCGAAACGGCAAUAGGGGACAGCCAGUACUUUGACAUUCUGACCGUCGAAGACCUGGAUGCGCUGAAGCAGGAGCAGAAGGCGCUCGAUGCGCGGUUGGGCACCGCGAGGAGGAAGCUGGAGUCGGAGACCAAGAUACGCGACGCCACACGCUCGCUCACGAGACUGGCCUCGAAGAAGGAGAACGGGCACCAGCGGGGGAAUGACAGCAAGAGCAGUAUUGGAAGCAAUGCGGUGCGGGAAUACGACGAGAAGUCGCUCGAGGGCCUCGAGGCGAGCAACAAGAAGGUCGAGGAGCACAUCCGCGAGCUCCUAGAAAUCGAGUCUCGCAUGCGCAUGAUCGACAUGCAGUUGCUGAUGCACACGGCUGCUGUGCUGCAGCUCACACACAAGGGCCCAAAGACACGCAAGAGGGAGUCGGGUGUGUCGAAUGGGGGGAUCCAGAGACCAGACAGCCCUGCGAGCUUGAAUACCUACGAAGUCGGGCGUGUUGGUGGCGCCCUGGGCGAUGACAUGUUUGACGAGAGGAGCUUCUACAGAUCACCAGAGAACCUCGACAGCCUUAUGAACGCCCUCCAGAAGGGCACACAUCACCGGUCGCAAUCGGUUGAUCGCCAGGACGAAGCUUUGAGCGCCAUGGGCAAACGACUGGACGAAUUGAACGAACGCCUAAGAGAGGUGAUUGUUGAGGCAAACCCAGAACGAAACGAGGAAUACAUGCUCCCGCCACAAGCAGCUGGGAUUCUCGAUGCUUCGUCUAUCGACCGCCAAUUCGACUUUCUCGAGCAGGGCCUUCAAGACCUUAGCGCUGAGCAUGUAAAUAUGCGCGAAAAAGCCGGGAGUUCCUCGAGCGAUGUCGAUGACCGCCUAGGACGCAUCAACAACCAAUUGCACACCAUACUUAGCAAAUCCAUGCCACAGGACGACCACAACGCUUUGCCUCCGCCUCCUGACGCAGGCAAUGACACGGCCGAACAGAUGAGCUACAUGGAAGAGUCACUCUACAAUCUCGAGCAAAUACAGUACUCCCUGAAUGACCAGAUCGAUGAGCUACGAUCGAAGCCUACCAUCGAUGACCUAGACGCUGACAAAGCAGAGAAAUACGAAACCACUAUCAUGGGCCUCUGGCAGAUCAUCUUGGCAGGUGAAGAGGAGGCUCGGGAGAAGAAACGCGAGCGUCGCCGUCUACUUGCCGAGGAUCCCGAGGCAAACGAGGAGCUAUCGCCUGACGAGGACAACGGCAAUGAGGAGUACUCGCUUCCUGCAUUCUCGUCCAAGGUUCAAUGGCUGUUCCGCCGCGCUUCCAGCUUGAAAGACAAGCAAUCCAUCUUGUUGCGCCAGAUCAAGCAGCAGCGCGAACUCAACAGCAAAUCAGACGCACAGAAGGAGGCGGAGUUCUCACGACUCAACGAGCAAGUGCUUAGCGCGAGGUCCGCAAAGAUGUCCAUGGAAGAUGAGCUCGAGCGCGCUAUGAGCCAACUCGAACAGUUCGACGACCACAAGUUACAGACUGAUUCGCAGGCUCUACGCGAGACGCAGGAGCGCAACGCAGGGCUUGAGGCUCAGACUAUCAACAUGCAGGAACGCCUUGCGGCCGCUGAGACCGAGCUUAAGGAAGCCAGGGAGCGCGCAAUCGCCUACGAGAACCAACUCAAGGACGUGCAGCAAAGCGCCGUUGAUUACCAGAGCCAGGCCCAAGACGCCGAAAAGCGCAGCGCCGCCUACGAGAAGGAGCUCAAAGACAACCAAGAGCUAUCCAGCGCCUCCAACGUCUCAGCCCGCGAGCACGAAGAGCGCAGCACCGGCUACGAAGCGCAAAUCCGCGACGCGCAGGAACGCGCUCUCAGCCUCGAAACCAAGCUCAGAGAAGUGCAAGAAAGCUCAGACGACGCACGCAUCGAAGCCGCAACAAUCCAAGCCGAGCUCACCGACUCCGCCGCCAAAAUCAACCACAUGACCGCCGCGCUCACAGCCGUGACCGCCGAAAAACAAGCCGCAGAAGCCCGCUCCCUCGAAACGACAAACGCGCUAAACACAAAGGAAGAAGAAUUCCGCGACCUCGAGGGCGAAAUCGUCCGCCUCACCACGGAACUCACCUUCGCCAAAGCAGAGCUCGACGGCGCGUACGGAAGCCGCUCCCAGCGCGCCGCCGAAUCCGCCGCAAACCCCGCAAUCAAGAAGGAAAUCGACGAGCUGCGCGAUAAAAACCAAUCCCUGCUCUACGAAAUCGAGGCCCUGCGGAAAGUCCAAGACGCAGCCUCGACCUCCGAGGCUGAGGCCCGCCAGUCGGAGCGCAGCCUCAAGGCUGAACUGUCCGGUAUGGCGACAGAGUACGAAGCUAUCACGCGUGAUGCGAUACAGAACGAGCGCGAUCGCGACGUGCUGGAAGCGCAGAUCGAUGCGCUGCGCGACGAUAAGGAGGCGUUGGAGCGCGAGCUCAGCGAUGAGAAGGUCAAGUGGUUGGGGAUUCGGAGUCCGGGUGUGCCGCCGCAGCAGGGGAAUCUGGAGCUGGGUGCGACUAGUAUUCGUAUGCUGAGGGAGGAUUUCAGACGUAUGAUGCGUGAGCGUACGGCGGAGGGGUUGAAGGCGUUGCGGGUCGAGCAGGAGGAACGACGGAAACUGGAGGGUUUGGUGCGCCAGCUGCGUAAGGAGGCGAAUCCGCAGUCGGCGCAUAGGUUUAAUAGGUCGGUUGCUUCGGCGGUGACGACGCCGGCGGCGGUGUGAUCUUCUUACGCACGCUUUACUGGCAUGUAAUUUCUUGGGUUUAGGGCACGGUGCUGUCACCUUUUGUGUCCUUCUCCCCCUCCCGUUUUUUACGUCGACUUAUACCCCCCUUUACCUCCCUUACCUACACACUUAUUCUUCACGCUGAGCAUGGCGCUUUACAUCGCUUUACAUCGCUUUACGCUACGUGGCAUUAGCAUAGCGUAUCAGCAUCAUAUCAGCAUCAUACACCGGCGUUUUUUGGAGUGGCACUGCGUCCACGCAUUCUUUGGGAGGAAAAUAGACUAUCACGUUCUGAGGAGAGGACGAGUAUUGUAAUGUUGUAUUUAGAGGAAUGACUGAGCUGAGGGGAUGUGAUGGAUUGGGAUGAGAUAGGAUAUGUAUAGAUGGUUCGUAUCUGGUUGUCUGUCUGUGUGUGUAUGUAUCUAUGGAUGGAUGGAUGGAUGGAUAGAUGUUGUAUGCG